AUGGCCACAUCCUCAUUUGUUCUCAAAACACCCUGUUCAUCAGCCAAUAUCGGCCCCGGAUUUGAUGUGAUCGGCCUAGCUUUGUCUCUUUACAUGGAGCUUCAUGUCACAGUUGACCCAUCAAAGCCUUCUCAACAUCCACUUAACUGUGCGAUCACAUAUGAUGAUCGAAGCGGCAGUACCGAAAAAAUCAGUCUGGACCCGGAAGUCAACCUGAUCACCCGUGUAGCUCUGUAUGUACUUCGAUGCCAUGAGCAGAGGGCAUUCCCUGUCGAGACCCGCGUCCACAUUGUAAAUCCUAUUCCUCUGGGUCGGGGUCUUGGAUCGUCUGGUACUGCCGUGGUGGCCGGGGUCAUGUUGGGAAACGAGGUAGGUCGUUUGGGACUGAGCAAAGACCGAUUAUUGGACUAUUGCUUAAUGAUCGAGCGCCACCCAGACAAUGUCGCUGCUUCGCUCUUUGGAGGUUUUGUGGGGACUUACUUGAAUGAGCUCAAACCAGAAGAUGUAGCCCGUAAGGAGAUCCCCCUCAGCGAGGUUCUGCCAGCCCCAGCAGGGGGUGUCGACACGGGCAAGCGACCGCCUGAGCCACCUCUUGGAAUUGGUCAUUACAGGAAGUUCCACUGGGCUGAGGAGAUCAAGGCCAUCGCGAUUAUUCCUGAUUUUGUGGUGCCUACUGCUAACGCACGAAACGUCCUCCCUACCACGUAUUCAAGAGCGGAUGUCGUCUUCAAUCUUCAACGUGCUGCCUUACUUCCAGCGGCUUUAGGCUCCUCUCCACCAGAUCCAGACAUGAUUUACCUAGCCAUGCAAGACAAGGUGCAUCAACCAUAUCGUCAGACCUUGAUUCCCGGCUUGACAGAGAUUCUCCAGUCUAUGAACCCGAGUACGCAGCCGGGGCUUCUUGGAAUCUGCUUGUCGGGUGCCGGCCCAACUAUUCUGGCUUUAGCCACUGAUAAUUUUGCCGAGAUCGCAGAUCGUAUUAUUUCUCGGUUUGCUUCCAAUGGAAUAUCAUGCCAAUGGAAGCUCCUUGAGCCAGCACAGGCUGGCGCCACGGUGCAAUAUUAG